AUGUCUACUGCGUUAUUAGCAGUGGUCUUGCUCCUCCUAAUUUUGUUGCCAUUCUUUUGGAUUCUAUGCGUUGCCUUACGUCGGCCAAAAGACCAUGCAAUUGCUGACCCAAAAUUACCGCCAGGUCCCCGAGCUCUGCCCAUAAUUGGCAACCUGCACUUGCUUGGCAUCCGGCCACACCAAAGCCUUUACAAUUUGGCCAAAGAAUAUGGUCACAUCAUGUUCUUGAGACUAGGCAAAGUGGAAACAGUUGUGGUAUCAUCAGCUCAAGCAGCUGAGCUAUUCCUUAAGACCCACGACGCUGUUUUCGCUAAUCGUCCCCAAAUCCUAGCUUCCCAUUACUUGUCCUACGGUACCAGGGGCAUGAUUUUUGAUGACUAUGGUCCUUACUGGCGAAAUGUUAGAAAAGUGUGCACACUGCAUCUUCUUAGUGGAUCAAAAAUCGAGUCCUUUGCACCUACGAGAAAGGAAGAGCUAAACCUGCUGGUGGAGACGAUCAAAAAGUCCGCCAAGGUGCAGGAGGUGGUGGAUGUUAGUGAGGAGGUUGCCAAAAUGAGUGAGACUUUGAUUUGUAGGAUGAUAUUUGGCAAACGUAGCAAUGAUAAAUUCGACUUAAGGUCACUUAUUAAGGAAUCCGUGGACUUGGUUGGGGCUGUGAAUAUUGCAGAUUACGUUCCUUUUCUUGGAGCGCUUGAUCUUCAGGGAUUGAUGCGACGUAUGAAAAAAAAUAGAAAGGAUAUGGACAAAGUGCUAGAGAAGAUCAUUGAUGACCAUGAUCAAGACGCUCAUUGGCAAACAAAUGAACAGAAGGAUUUCAUAGAUGUGUUGCUUUCUUUGAUAAACCAACAGCCCACCAACUCCCAUGGUGAUGACCCAGCAUACGUAAUUGAUCGAAAUUCUAUCAAGGCUAUUAUACAAGACAUAAUCGUAGGUGGAGUUGAUACUUCAACCUCUUCCAUUCAAUGGAUAUUCUCAAAUCUCUUAAAACACUCACGAGUCAUGAAAUGCCUUCAACAAGAAUUAGAAAGUGUUAUUGGAUUGGAUAGAAUGGUGGAGGAGACAGAUUUGCCUAAGCUAACUUACUUGGAUAUGGUGGUAAAAGAAAGCCUAAGGCUUUAUCCAACUCUACCCUUGAUUCCUCGCAAGUGCUUGCAGGAUAUUACAGUCAAUGGGUAUCGUAUACCCAAGAAUUCCAGAAUUCUUAUAAAUGCUUGGGCGAUCGGGAGAGAUCAAAAUGAAUGGUCAAAUAAUGCACUAGAAUUUUAUCCAGAAAGAUUCAAGAAUACAAACAUAGACCUACGUGGACGACAUUUUCAAUUUAUCCCAUUUGGAUCUGGCCGUAGAGGGUGUCCCGGAAUUCAUCUGGGGUUAACUAAUGUUCGAUUUGUUGUAGCUCAACUGGUGCACUGCUUUGAUUGGGAGCUACCUUGUGACUUGGAUAUGACUGAGAAAUAUGGUUUAACAAUGCCAAGAGCCACUCACAUUUUUGCUGUGCCAACAUAUCGCUUAUCUGUAAAACAUGUUUAAUUAAGACGGUUAGAUAUCAGAACUCUAAACAUAAUACCAUAGUCGU